CGAAAAUUUUGAUAUCGGGAGUAUGAGAAAAAAUUCGUCUUUAGAGAAUUAUGAGAUUUGGGAUUUUCCCGGGAACUUCCUGACGACUAUAGCCGGUUACCGCGCGUUUCGGACGCGAUUUCGAGAACAUUCAAUUGCCUGCGCGCGCAUCUGUACGACUAAACAUCGUAAUUUGUGAUUCUUGUCGAAACUUGUCCGGUAUUCUUACUCAUCGGGGUAAAUUCUUUCUAUGUUUGAAUAACAAUUAUAUUAAAUAAAAGUAAUAACACAUACUUUACGAGUUCCCACGAACCGUAAAGAAACAGGAGGAUUAUAAACAAUGGAGGAAUCACAAGACAAUUAUGAACACUUUGGCUAUCGUGAUGGAACCAUUUUUGUCAUCGAUGCUUCACCUGAAAUGUUUGAAAAAUACCCUGAAUCGAAUAACACAUACUUCAGCGAAUGUUUAACGGUUUAUGAACGGAUUCUCUGUGAAAAAUUAAUGUGGAACAGACGAGAUUGGAUGGGUCUCAUUUUAUACAAUGUUACCAAAAAUUGGAAUCUCGAAACAGAGUACAUUCUUACUGUCCAGAAAUUUUCUGAAAUCGAAACCAACAUGGCCAUUGAACUCAAAAACAUUUUGGAGGAGAAGACGACGAAAGAAGAAUAUUGUGAUGCGUCUCUGGAAGCCAAGCGAGACAUUUGUUUGCAUGACGUACUGUGGCAAGCCAGUCGGUGUUUUGAUGUAAUAAAAAUUGCCAUGUCCUUACGUCAAGUGGUGUUGCUUACUCGCAAUGAUAAUCCUCUGGCUAAUGAUUUGGCAGAGCGCCACAAAAUCCGUUUAAGGGCCAAGACUUAUAAGGAUAUCAAUGUUAAACUGCGAAUAGUAGGUCUAAAGGAGUGUUGGAAUCACGAUCUUUUCUACAAAGAUCUCGAUGUGCUGGCCAACAAUUGUGAUCCUGAAGACUCCAAAUUUACGAAACUCAAUGAACUCGAGAAGGGCUUGCUGUUUGCAGCAAAAACUAGUGGUCACUUAACAUGGAAAAUCGGUAAAGAUCUUGAGAUCCCUGUUCGACUUGCAUCAUUUUCAAGCAAGACUACUUUGAAAAAAGCACGAAUGCACAAGGACACAAAUGAAAUACUUGAGGUAGUCAGACACUGGGGACCCAGCCGACAAUUCGAAGAUGUCUUUGAAGAUGAGGACGACCAGGGCAUCCCUAGAACUCAAAUUCCCGAUUACAUACGCAAAGGAGUAAGAUAUGGUGGCAGGUUAAUCACUUUCAAACCAAAGGAAUUACAGGAAAUACGUUCAUCGUUAGAAACUGGAAUUAAAUUGAUUGGUUUUAAGCGAUUACCUAGAGAUGACUUCAUGGGACACAUUAAACCAACGAAAUUUGUGGGUGUCGAGGCAUCGGCAUCAGACCGUCAAAAAGUUUUAUUUGCUGCUUUCCUUCGUAACUGCCGAACACGAAAAGUAAUGGCAAUUUGUUCAGUGAGUCAUCGAUCAAUGCCGUAUAUCGCAAAAAUGAUUGCGUGUGAUGAGUUGGAUGGAUUUUAUUUGCGCAAAAUACCGUUCAAAGAACAAAUCAACAAUCUGAAAAAAUAUACCGCGGAUUACGUAUACGAUAACGAAAAGCCAUUGCCGGUAGAUGAAAAGGGAGUUUCAGUAAUGAAACAAGUGAUCAAAAAGCUAAGCAUGGAAUGGGACCCAACCAACUUUUCCAAUCCGAAGAUCAAACGUAAAAUGGACUACAUUCAAACCCUCGCAUUGGAUAGAGAAUUCACCAGGCCAUUCGAUAGCACUCGUCCGGACAAGGAGGCAAUCAACGACCGAUUAGGAGAUCUCGUCCAGCAGUUUGAAAACUUAUUUGGAAAACCAGUUUUGAAAAGAGCAGCCAUUUCAAGAGGACAAACUAGAAACACCGUAAAAGAAAUAAAAUUCGACGAUGAUACAAUCCGAACACUGGUCGCCAGAGAAACUCUACAAGGCAUUUCGGUAGCAAAUUUAAGAUCAAUCGCUCGAUCGAUAGGCGUACAGACGACGGGAUUGAAGAUUCAGUUGAUAGAAAGAAUAACAGCGCACUACACGAGAAACUAAUUAUUAAAAAAAAUCCAAAACAUGAUUUAUUAGAACUUUGAUGGGUUCGAGUAUACAUUUGCGACAAUUGUUAAUUGUUCAAUCUCAACGAUUUUCGGUGGCAAAAACAACCACCAUUAUUACUAUGAUUUUUUGUUCGAAAUUUUGUUUUUCUUUUCCACGAGUUUUUUUAUUACAUAUAUAAAAAAUAUUUGGAUUUGGUUCGUUCGAUGUGGCUGCACAAGGAUGUGGAAAACAAUCGAUACUCGAAAGUGAAAACGCGAUUAAAUUGCGAAUUGCAGCCAAGUACAAGAUUUUGUUCUUAGGCUCCGAGUGACCGAACGUUUCCGACUUCUGGUUUGGAAAUACGCUAAAGCGAUCCUGGCCGAACCCACGAGAAUUCUGCCUUUUGUUCUCUUCCAGAGUCUAUGAAAAAAUGUUCAAAUUAAUUGUUAGUUCUUCGAAUUAUUCACGCACUAUUUUUGUAAUCACAAUAAAUAUUUUUUCAUACUUUA